AUGCCUAGUUGUCCGGAGGAGGUCUUAUUCGAUGCUGAUCACUACCCUGAUGGGCCCAACAGGAACUUCAAGGAAGCCUCCGAGCAGGAGCUCUUGGAUGAGUUCCUCCCCAAAUUCGAAGGGAAUCGACAAUUGAAAAACCAUCUUGACAGUUUGAUCAACGUAAGUCUCCUGUCCGUAUUUGAGGGUACCGUCAACGGAGCCUUCCAUCCCUCAGAUACUCGACCUCAAGGAUAA